AUGUUUUCCCGAGUACUCUUGGUUGGAUUGGUUUGCGCAGUUGCCAGUGACUAUGAGCUAUCGGCACCGCCUGAAGGCCACGAAGAGGUGAUUGAUGUGCAAAUUGAUACCUUGCAGCCACACAACGUUGCCAGAGAAGUUCCUGACAAUCUUUGGGUGGAGAUUUUCAGACAGGGUCGAACGCACCAACUCCGCUUGGAGAGGAAGUCCAUGGAUCCGGUGAGGCAUCACAUUCAUGAAGGAGGCCGUGUGAGGAAAGGCCCCGUUCCAGAAGCGUGCUUCUACACCGGGCAUGUAGUCGGAGUACCUGACAGUAGUGCCACCAUCUCAACGUGCAGGGGUGGGCUCUCGGGAGUCAUCGCGGGUCUCUCCAACGCAACGGUCACCAUCGGGCCACUGCACCCAUCUCGGGCCACGCUGGACACAACAGCGAGCGGGGGCCCUCACCGGAUGCGGUUUUUGGGUGCGGCCCCGAUACCCCAACCUCGCUUGGCCCGUCGACUGCAGGCUUCAACCAAAUAUGCCGAGAUUACGGUCGUCAACGAUGUGGAGUUUAUCAGUCAGUUCCAAGGCCCCAGAAAGUUCGAGGAUGUUGUCCUCUAUGAUGUGACGGUGAUGAACCUGGUCCAUAAUUCUUACAAGACGCCGCCUUCAUCAGGUGCAUUUCCUCAUGUCAUUGAGUGCGCGUUGGUGGAAAUUCAUUCUUUUACUGACCAAGAUCCGUGGGCAAAUGAGCCAGAGGUCCAGCCGGACGGAGAUGGCUUGACAGAUCCUGGUUGGUUACGGUACUACUUCCGAACGUACACUCUGACCCAGAUUCAGUCAGGCGGAUGGUAUGACACUGAUCUGCGAACGUUGUUUACAGGACGACCACUCAAGGGUCUGGUUGGCUUCGCCGUGUCAAGUACCAUGUGUUCUCCCGAGAACUCGGCCAGCAUUCAAGUUUGCAGGCCAGAUGGGGAGUAUCGCUGCGCAAUGUUGACGGCGCAUGAGAUGGGUCACACCUUGGGAAUGAACCACGACUACGCAGAUGCCUCGAACGGCAAUCAAGCAUGCUACAGUCUGCAGGACUCCCCUGCCUUGAUCAUGUGGCGCUGGACCGGCUCCAACCAACUUAUGUUUUCGAGCUGCAGCGCCAAUGACAUGGCUACUUACUUCCAGGACUUCUACAACGCCAACCGGGUCCCUCAGUGCUUGGAGAAUCCUCCUUCGAAAUGCUGGGCAGACAGCUUUUGUGGAAACGGUGUGGUUGAAGUGGACGAGGAUUGCGAUUGCGGCCUCCCAGACUGCAGCACUCUGGAUCCAUGUUGCAACGGAGCGACCUGCAAGUAUGCUGACCCCAGCUACGAGUGCAGUGACUUCUCAGACCCUGCUUGCUGUUCAUCUUGUUUGUAUGCAGCCUCGGACAAUCCUUGUUCCUGCCCACAUGCGUAUUCUGGGCAAAGCUGCACUUUCACACACGCAGGAACUUCAUACGCCGGACUAUGCGCAGGUGGAGUGUGUCAGAGUAUGGAUGCCACGUGUGCAGUGGAGUUGAGUCAGACCUAUUCAAGCGAAUGGGAUUUGACGCCUCCCUGCCAUGCAUUCAAUGACGAUUGUGCUGCAGCUGUUUGCCAUAUUGGGUACUUCGAAGGCUCUGCUGUGCAGUGCGAGCACCGAUUCAACGCAGAUCUCGUGCCGGAGGGUAUGCCAUGCUGGUUGAAGACCGACCCACGAAGCACCAGGAACGGCAUUUGCCAAGCCGGCUCUUGCGUCUCCCGCAGUUCCGCAGACGACUCGUGUGGAAAUGGACAUAUCGAUUACGGGGAAGAGUGUGACUGUGGUGCUGUUGGUGAUCCCUGCUGCGAUUGCAGCACGUGCAAGCUGAUUGCUGGCGCGCAGUGUGCAUCUGCGGAAGCCUGUUGCACGCAGAGUUGCCAGUUUGCUAGUGCGAAGACGGUUUGUCGCCCAUCGGUGGGAUUUUGCGAUCUUACCGAAUCUUGCGAUGGCCUGUCUGCCAGAUGCCCGCUUGACAAGGGCUUGCCAGUGGCAACGCCGUGCCCCACAGACGGUGAAACAUGCUACGGCAAACAAUGCUUACCCAACCUUGAUGACCAGUGCGGGAUGAGUUUCGAGCAGGGCUUUCUCGCAGCACGGAAUGAAGGCUCUGCACCACACGAAUAUGCCGGACACAGUUGUCAAGAGCUUACCUGUUGCAAGACUUGUUCUGCAGGUGCUGGCGACUCGUGCACAGGAGCCUUCGUCAUAUCUUCUUCGCAGGUGAGUGUCUCGGUGAUUGGUGGAAGCUGGUACAAUGCUGCAACCUUCAGCGUGGACGGAAAUGUGGUGACGGUCACUUUUGUACUUCCAGUGGUCGUUGGCCCUGGUCCUACCUAUGGCUAUGUCAGGGCCCGCAUUCCGCAAGAUCUCAAACUUCGUCCCAAGAUGGACCGUACUGAUUUCGAAACCUAUGACUCCUCUGCACCGUACAAGCCAGGCUUCCUGUGCAAGUGGGGUGAGGGAAAUCAUCAGAAGAUAUGGUUCAAAUACGAGUCGAACAGAGGAAGCAAUCUGUGGGUCUCGGACAAGACCCGGGUUGAAAUCCCGCAGGGACAGCAAUGCACCUAUCCCAACGAGGAAAGUUGCACGGCCCCGCCUGAGGACCCGGAUGUUGUGUACAGCGUCCUUCCGGACAAGCACUGUGAAGGCACUUCCAUCACCCAGUGGUCUGACGGCAGCACCUCGAACUACGGCCAAGAUGCUGGUGGAGUUGACCCAGAAGCCUGCAAAGCAACUUGCAGCCAGCAUGCAGAGUGUGCAGGAUUUGUUCAGGCGAACGGUCGCUGCUCGUAUUGGAAGAGCAAGUACUUGAAUCCAAGAGUCUCGUCGGGCGUGUCUUGCUAUUUCAAGCAACGCCUGUCGGACACAGUGGGGUUCCAGCUUCUCCAAGACACCCGGUGUGACUCUGAAAAAAUCUAUGACUGGGACAACGGAGAGAGCGCAGGGUAUGGAUCAGGCUAUAGAUCACUGGAGACUUGUCGACUCAUGUGCUCCGAACGUGCUGAAUGUGCUGGGUUCCUUGAGAGAGUUUCGGAUGGAGUGUGCACUUUUUGGAGGAGUGCAUCUCAGCCGCUGAGGCUGUCUCCCGAGCCUGGUAUCAACUGCUACGCCCGGGAAGGUUCUGGAGGAGCACUUCAAGCAGUGGAUGUCAGCGCUUGCACCUACUGUGGCCAGUACUCGCCACCCCGAGUCAGGGCUUAUGCCUACGGGAGCGUGGCUGGCACACUCUACCCUGGAGCUGCCAUGGAUGGAACUGUCUUGGCGAAUCAGAACUCAAUGUGCCUGAAGGGUCAAGCGGUGGAGAUCGCACGAACAUGCUCAGGCCAAGAAUUCCUGGAGAGCUCCAUCGGGCAGUGCUUGCCCUGCGACGCCGCUUGUGCUGGCUGCUCAGGUCCUUCCAGUUUGGAUUGCCUCGAAUGCGCUUUCGGAAGCCGCGACUCUCGAGGCAUGUGUGGGCUCCCCACCACCGUGACAACCACAGCGCCCUUCACACACUUGCCAUCCCUCACAUGUGGCGGCUUGGAGUUGAAUUGUGCGCAGUGGAGCGAUGGGACAGCUUCCAGCUUUGGGAAGGCAGGGCCCAACAAUGAGUACACCAACAUUGCCAAGUGCAAGGAGGCCUGCUCUUCUCAGUCCUCCUGCCGUGGCUUCCGGCAGGACCUGGCCUCGGGCAUCUGCUCGUACUGGCAAGUAGGCGCAGUGAGCACAUCACCGGAUGCUGGCAGUGACUGCUACGAAAGGGAGUCGUGGAUUCUCAUCAUGAAAGUGCAGGGUAACACCAACUUCGGCUUCAACUCGCCAUAUUGGACCAAUAACCAGGAGCUGAAUGAGGUUUCGCCCGGCGUUGCGGCCGAAGAUGCAAAGUACAGUACAUUCUCGUCCGUGCCAUUUACGCACAUUCGUAUGUGCGUAGAUAGCGCUGGCGAGAACUGUGUGGACCACUCCUUCAGCACCAGAUGGGACAAUGCUGAAGCACUGUUCAACGCUGGGGUCAUCGAUGACGCCUCGCUGGAUCAAUUUUCUAUGCUCGAGGCGUUUAAGCCCCCGGUUGGCUCAUAUAGCACUUGUCCCAUGAUCCGGCCGGGCUUUAACAUCCAGUGUGGAGGUGGACCAUCCGUGCGUUGGGGCUACUGCAGCAACUGCAAGUCCGUAAGCUGUUCCGACGUUUCCAUUGAUGGUGCUGCGGCUAUAGGGCUGGGCCUGGCUGCAGAGGGGAGCCGGAUGGACCGAGCUUUUCGCCAGUGGCGAUACUUGCACUCCCACAGUGCCGACCAUCCCCACAGUUUGGCUUUACGUGGCUGGAAAGGUGCAACGGGGAGCUGGGGAGGUCAUCGUGUUGACUGGCACUUUGCAGAUGACCGUGAACACAGAGGAUGGUUGCACUCAAGAGGUCCAGGCUGA